UCAAUCCAAUUAUUAUCACCGUUAUCUAUCUACUCCACACUACAACAAUGGAGGGAGCCUUACUUCCCCUCUCUUCACCUUCAACUUCUUCUUCCAAACUCAACCACCGCUUUUGCUUCCCCUCUUCACUACUAAACAACCACCGUUACUCUCACUUCCCCAAAUUCCUUCCCAAACCCAAAAUUAACACAGUUACUUCAUCACCGUUAUCUCUUAAAUGCUCUCUCCGUGGUUCCACUUUAGCACUCGACAAAGACGAAACUUCUGUCUCAGAAAUAACAGACACCUCUUCAAUUUCUCUGCCUAAACUCGAUAAAACCGGCCGGUUUUGUAGUCCUAGAGCCGCUAGAGAACUUGCUCUGUCUAUAAUUUAUGCUUCGUGUUUGGAGGGAUUGGACCCGGUUCGGUUAUUUGAGAAACGGAUGAAUGAGCGUAGAGAGGUUGGUUAUGAAUUUAACAAGGAGAAACUGUUGGAGUAUAACCACAUGAGUUUCGGAGGGCCACCUGUUAUCGUUGAAACAGAUGAAGAUGCUAAUGAACUUCUAAGGAACAUUCAACUUGAGUCUGCAAUUGAAGAAGAAGUCCUUGCAGCUCCCCCAAAGCUGGUAUAUAGCAGAUUGAUUUUGAGGUUCACUAGGAAACUAUUGGUUGCCGUCAGGGAUAGAUGGGACAGUCAUGUCCCUGUUAUUAACAAAGUUAUCCCACCAAAUUGGCAGGAAGAACCAGCAGGGAAGAUUUUAGAGCUUUCUAUUCUUCACUUGGCAAUGUCUGAAAUAGCCGUGCUAGACACCAGACACCAAAUUGUCAUUAACGAGGCGGUGGAUCUGGCUAAACGGUUCUGUGAUGGAGCAGCCCCUCGUAUCAUUAACGGCUGUCUACGCACAUUUUACCGAGAUCUGGAGGCAUCAAAUAAUAGGGUUUAGUUGAUCUACAUUAUCUGUAUGCUUAUUGCUUUAGAUUGUUGAGAAUAUUGACGUGGAUUUGAGGAAUAUCACCUAUGCUGGUCUGAUAAGUUAGAGAUAUGUUGAACCAUUACUAUAGGUUGGUGCAACUGGCAAGAUCAUAAGUAGGAGUUAUGUUUGAAAGUGGUUGAUAAACUUUAGUCUUUAGAUGAUUUCCCACAAGUUUAUUACGGUAUGCACAAGUAGUGAAUAUGAGCAUUGUUUUCAAAAUUCAAGGUCUAUCCAACUAUA